AUGGAACAUAACCAUUUCUAUCAGAGAAUUCUCAAACCAUCCAAUGUUCAUUUUCAUCUAAACUUGAACCAUUUCCAUCACUUUGUCUUCUUCAUUGUUGGUAUCUCCCUAGGAACAGUAGCAACCUUAUAUUUCAGAGCCUUUUCUUUCCAUUUACAGUACUUUCUUUACCACGUAAAUCCGGCCGCCUCCUCACAGCCACCGUAUCAACCACCACCAGCUCUGGCUUCGCCACAACCGGAAUACGGCGGAACAUCAACGUCGAACACAAGUAGUAUUAUCAGAAGUACUACAACCAAGGUGUCUUAUCUCAUGCACAAUAUGACAGACCAAGAGUUAUUCUUGGAAGCAAUCAAGGUACGAGGAACACGACAUGACGAUGCUUCUUCUCAUAAGACAAACCCUAAAGUGGCUUUCAUUUUCUUGGCAAAAGGAACACUGCCACUAGGACCCUUGUGGGAGAGAUUUUUCAAAGGCCAUGAAGAAUUAUACAACAUUUACUUACAUCAGCAUCCUUCUUUUAAUGAAACGGUGCCUGAAGAUUCUGUCUUCUUUGGUAGAAGAAUCCCCAGCAAGCCAGUUUUUUGGGGAACUUCAUCAAUGAUAGAUGCAGAAAGGCGUCUUCUAGCAAAUGCAUUGUUAGAUGAUAUCUCCAACCAACGCUUUGUUCUUCUCUCAGAAUCAUGCAUCCCUCUCUUCAACUUCAACACCAUCUACCACUACCUCAUCAAUUCAUCUCUCUCCUUCUUAAGCUCUUUCGACGACCCAAGAAAGCCAGGUCGUGGGCGAUACAACCCUAAGAUGUAUCCCAUGAUCAACAUCACCAAUUGGCGAAAAGGGUCUCAAUGGUUUGAACUCCAUCGUGACCUCGCAAUCAAGCUAGUUUCUGAUACCACUUAUUACCCCAUCUUUCAAAAACUAUGUCUACCACCAUGUUACAUGGACGAGCAUUAUAUACCGACGUUGGUGCAUAUGAAGUACGAUGAAAUGAACUCAAAACGUAGUAUUACAUGGGUUGAUUGGUCAAGAGGGGGUCCACAUCCAGGGAGAUUUGGAUGGGGUGAUAUUACAGAUGAGUUCUUGAAUCGAAUUAGGUUUGGAGGGAAAUGUGUUUAUAAUGGUAAUGUUACCAACGUUUGCUUCCUUUUUGCCAGAAAGUUUCUGCCAAAUGCGUUGGAGCCUUUGUUAAGAGUGGCUCCUCUUUUACUUGGCUUUGAUCCUUAGCUGCAUAUUUGUUUUUUUUUUUUUUUAGGGUCAGUUAGUUACAUAUUUGUUGAUUCAUUGUAUUUUCAUUGACAAACGAAGUCUCUAUUCUUUCGCCUCUAUCAUUUUUUUUCAAUAAUGUAUUUUUUU